AUGCUGCAAAUAUGUGCCGUGGCUGACAACGCUCUGUUCUUUUGCACCAGCUUGUCCGACAUGGCUACAGCAUUGCCACUGGAAGGUGAUGGUUUGGUGGAGAAUCUUUUUCAUUAUCUAUGGACAACGGAUGAUCUUGGAGGCGGUCCCCGAGUUAGUGUACCUCCUACGGUGAUUUAUCAUGGCUCGCAGCCUGUCGCCUGGUACUUUACGAGUCGCAAGAGCGGACGCAUCAAGCGCAAACACCGAGCAAACCUCACCGCGGCACAUAUCGAACAUUCAUUUACCAAACGGAAGGCAGCAACGGACAUUGUGGCGUAUUAUUUGUACUUACCAAAAGCAGAGAAUACUAGUCCUGCAAUCGAGUAUUUCGAUGCAGAUGCACUUCGAGAAUUCUUAUACAAGCGACCGGAGAUCCCGCAUUCGUCUUCACCUGGAUCACAGCCAGCAGCAGGCAUUCUUCAGCACUUUACGCUUCCAAAAGGAGCACGAAAUUCUACACUCCGUGCUAUUUGGUCUCCCAAGUUGUGCUUGCUAGAGCGUCGAGUAAAUGUGCAUGCAGUCCACGACGCACGAUUUACUGUUUAUGAACGAGGAGUGACUUUCGAAGAGGGAGGCGGCGCUGAAGCUCUCAGUCGACCUGAGCCAGUACGAGGCUCUAUGCUACCUGGUAUGGUACAGCAGCUCUGUGAGCGCGUUGUAGACCACGUCACGCGUGUGUCCUACCACAAAUUCAGAAUUGCGCGAAUGGUGUUACGUCUUCAAGUAGAUUCGGACGAUCGGUUAUGGCUACUGUGGAGCUCGUCACUGCGUUUACAACCUCCGUUGGCUGCGAUCACAUCCGACAUGCCAAUUAAUGAACCAAGUAUCCGCCCGCUCGACAUUGUCAGCGACGCAAAAGUUCCCUUGUUUGCCUUUGCACAAGGUUCCGGUGGUGGACAAGUCUCGCUAAGUUCCACGAUGAAUCCCGAACUUGAUGAAGAGCCUCGUCCAGGACAGACGCGUUGUGCAAGUUGCGCACAAGUAGUAGCUCUGCGUGCACUCUUGCCUACGACUUACAAAGCUGUGCUGGCUCAUUUUCAGCAUGUCCUGAAAUUUCUCCGCGAACGAGUGAAUGAAGAAAAGCAAGUAGCGAUCGAGUGGCCCCCUGACGAGCGAGUCGUACAACAAGCUGGUGGCGUAGGAUUUGGCAUCCUUCGGUAUUUGAAGACGGUGAACGCUAGUGAUGACACAAACUUGCCUAGUGCUAGUUCUGGAAUGAAAGCUUGGCAAGGACGUGAACAACUCGUACCCCCUGUGAUCCGGUACAUGCAUCCAACAUUACGUCCUGAGGACUUCGCUCGUCACCGUCAAGACCCAAUAUUUUUGCAUAAAACGGUUGGAGUCUGUGAACGCUGCUGCCUCGUGUACGCAGACUACGCCACCGCUUCACUAGAAGCUAACGGUCUCGGUAUCCGAACUAGUGCUAGUGCUCCAGCUCUUUUACGUCCCGUUCGCGAAAGGCCCAAGCAUGCCGAGUAUUUCGAUGAUGAUCCACCACACUCACUCUUGUUGACUACCACAAGUCCAGGAAGCCCAUUAACUCGAGGAACUCGCACUACGACUAAAUCAAAGCCACCCCCGUCGGCAUGGAAGCCCGUUUCAAGUGAUGAGAGUCAGAAAAGUCGAGCUGCGAAGUUCAAGACAGGCCCACGCAGCACACUACAUUCCUUGCCAAUGGCACCAAAGUUACCGCCACGCAUUGAAUCGUUUGAGUCAGAAGACAAUGAUGCUCUUCGUAUUCCGGACGGAGUUCUUAGCGACAGUAGUCCACAACAACAGCAAGAGAGAGAAGAAGCAUUUUUUCGAGAAUUGUAUCAGCAGAAUAACGCUGGAAAACGCGGAGGCUACGCUCUCCGGCAUAUGAUGGAGGCAGCAGAUCGUCUCUCCAAGGCAAAACCACAACAUCGUCUAGCGGCGAUAGGGAACAGCACUCAAAUCGGUAAAAGCCAAUCGACUGGUGCUCUGGCUGAUGCAAUUACCGAACUCAAGCUCGCAAAGAAGCCUGGAAAGAGCCCUUAUAGCGUAGUACAGCGAAUUCGUGAUGGCGACGGACGGAGUAGCUUAUCAAAGAACCAGGUGACAGGGAAUGGAUCACCAGCGAGAUCUCCAAUUAUACAAGAGUCUCGGCACUCAAAGAAGAAGAAAUCGAAGAAAAACCAAGCAAAAGAUGACGGCAACCAGGAGAAGACGCGAUUUAUAAGCUCGCGGGAAAAGCGAGCUGCGGCAGAACAUCGCGGCUACCUUGUUGCCGCACUUUCGGAUGCCCAACUUCAGUUGGAGCACAUUGAGUCGUUGGCGACGCUGAUUCCGGCACCCGCCGUUGAAGCGGAUCCGUUGGAGUUUGAACCGGAGGAGACGCAAAGGCACCGAAAGACGAAAGGUGACAACGAUGAGCAACCAUCAAGUCCUCAGGUGCAAAAUGAGGAGAAUCUGGAACUCGAAGACUCCGAACAGCGAGAAGUUGCACGGGAAGUUCACGAGCAAGAACAUAACGAAAUGCAACGUGAUGAGGGUGAAAGAAGAAGCGAAAACGGCAGCAAUCCUACCGAAGAUGAUAAGGAAGAAGCUGGAGUUGAGGAAAUCGAUAAUCACAUUGUUGAAGAUGAAACCACGACAAACACAACGGCUCAUCAACAGAUUCUACAAGAUGCAGAGAUACCAAAUGGACAAGAAAAUCGAGAGGAGGUGGAGAAUCUGGAACUGAACACUGAUACCACAGUUCAGUUGCAAGUUGAAAAGCAACUCGAAAAUGAAGAGCCUAAUCUAGAGCACGAGCAAAUUGAAGCUCAGAUUCAAGGUCAAGAGCUGGAGGAUGAAAGACUGGGAUUGGAGGAGGCAGUCUUGGGGCAAGAUGAAGGCCAGAUACCACAAGAAGAACCCGAAUUUAAACAUGACCAAGAGUUAGAGCCCGACCAAGCCCAGGAAGAGAUUCCCCCUCAACAAGAUGGAUCUUCUAAGUUGGCGGCAGAAAACAUGGAAAAAGAUGAAGACGACUACGAUGAUGAAUAUGAAGACCCUGACCAAGAUCAAGAAGAUCGUGACCUAAAAGUGGAAGAUCCACAACAGCAAACCGACAAAGAGGAUGUCGUCGAAGCACCAGAAGCUGAACCUUCACAGAAUCUACUGGAACAAGCUCAAGAGCUCUUGGCUAAGGAGGCAUCACCUGAGAGUGACGAGCAUCAAAUUGCACACGACAACGACGCAUUCAGCGAUACCAACGAUCAAUCCCCAUUCACCCCGCUACCUCCAGCUUUCACAGCAUUUGAGGCAGAUUUAAGUGAAGACGCUGUCAUUGCAGCCGACUUUGUCGUUGCUGCCGCUCUUCCUCUACCAUCGUCAGAUGAUUCGACCAGUGCAGUAAAUGAUGAAUAA